CAUCAUAACUUCUGCGGUGGUGUGACCGCGUUCGUCCUCUGAACCCCUCGACGAUGCGUUACGCUAUCGGCCUCUGCGCCGCAGCCCUGCCCUUUGUACGGUCGUUCACAAUGGGUCCGGCUGCGUAUCGCAGCGUCAUUCCAGCAGCGGCAUCAUGUCAGAAAGAAUGCAGCGGCGGCAGCAACCAGCAGCAGGCAUCAUACGGCACGCGUCGCAUCAGCAGCGAGCGCCGACGUCUGACUAGGCGAUACGCGGGAGAGGGCGGGGGGGGGUCGGCCAACAUGGACCCAUCGGACGACACCUCUGAGGGAGACGCCGAGAUGUACGCUUCGCUUCGGAAGCGGCUGGAGGAGCUGGAGAACCGAGUGGAGACGAGUGCGCCGGCUGCGCAGGAGGAACAAGGUCAAGAGCCGGCUGUCACAGCAAACAACAGGGGGGCGAGAGAGAGGGAGUGGUUCACGAUACCGAAAGAGGCGCCGGAGGACAAGAGGCGAUCCCUCGCCCUGCUCACCAUCCAGAGCGUCGGCGUCAUCUCCGCCGCGCUAUCCUUCGGGACGCUGGCCCUGUACUGGCUAGCGGGUGCCGCAUUCGUCCACCUCGGUCCACGCGAGUAUCCCGGGUCGGUGUCGUCGAGAGGGAGCGCCGGCACGGCGCCAGGCUUCGAGAGAAUAGUAGUGGGGGAAGAUGAGAACGGGGGGGCUCAGCAGGUGCCGCAAACGCAGGGUCGUGCGAUGGGGGGAAGUUCGACGAGGGAGGCGUUUCAGUUCGAGGGGUUUCCGGACGUCGGCGGCGGCGGCAGCGGCGGCGGCAGCGGCGUCGGGAAGGGCGUGGUCCCACCGGACUUCUGAUGGUGGCGGCGAGGGUUAUACUCCUGCUGGUGUACGUAUGUACGCAGAGUGGUCUGUGUAGUUAUUUACGAACAGAACAGCAACAGAAGACGUCGAGUUCGUUUGCAUUUGCAUUUGCAUUUGCUGCUGCUGCUGCUGAUGAUGAUGAUGAUGAUGCAGCGGCUGAUGCUGAAGACCGUUCGUUCUGUUCCUUGGGAUGUAGAAGAACGCCCGUGAACGAGAAGUCGCGGGCGGUAUGGAUAUGUAUGGAUGUGGCCGGCGCAAAAAACCAGCCCAUGUAACGGCUUGCUUCGUUUUUUUAGAUUCGGAAGGUGUCCUCAUGCCACGUUGCGUGCUUUUCGGCUUGCACAUUUGCAGUACCACGUGUGUUUCUGGUCCAGGUUGGGUGAGCACCAGAGGGAAUGUUUGGGAGAGUGGGGGGCCCAAGAUGACACCGUAUGAUGUGGAAAUUGUUCUCGUAGGUGAACGCUAUGUACACUUGAAGGUCACGACCAUGAUUGCUAUCCAUGGUUAUUUUGCUCUCUUGCAUUGAUUCAUACAAGAGAUAUUGUCCUGAAAACUUGGCUCAGAAUGAAUGAGGAAAAUGGGGCUUCUUGCCCCGGAAACUUUCGCUGCUGUUGUUGUGUAUUUCGCGUCGAUUUAUCGUGGAGAGUUUUCGAUCAUGCUGUACUGCUUUGCGGCGUGGGGCCGGAAGAGGCGGACGACCGUCUCAUCGGGUACGUCGUCCCUUGAGAGUGGAGGGAGAUUGGAAACCUCAAGUAGAGAUGAGGCAUUGGAGCGCUGAGCUGCGCAAGUGUCGCGCGAUAAGCGUGGUUCUAGCUGUGGCGCAAGGAGACCCCAUGGCAUUUCAGCGUGAAGGUUCUGGGUACAAAAUGUGGACGUAUCAUCACCAGUGUGCAUGCAUUGUUGUUGUUCACAAGAGUAACAGUGUGGUGUGGUUGUUUCGGGGUUGUUUGUGGUGGACAAGUUGGCUCGUAGAAGAGUACUCACAAGGUGGUAUCCACGAAGCAGAUGUGCUGAUUCCCGUAACCAACGAUCGUGGCGGCAAGGUAGGGUGUGUGCCUCGAAUCUGUGCCGUCUCGGUCUACUCUUUCGCACUGAUUACGCA